AUGGAGGUGCGACUGUCGGAAUGGAUGUGCCGGUACAAGGACCGCUAUGGUACUUUCCUUGUCACGCUGAACCAGUUGCUCAGCUUUGUGAAGUCCCACGACAUGUCAUUGACAGAUGUUGAGUCUACGGAAGACAAGUUCUUCGAUGACAAGCUUUGCCUACUCCUGCGGGACUGGCGGUUCCGGACCGGGACAGAUGACCGGGACGAGCUGAUACAGAUGCUCAUCGACAAAAUCGGUAGGUUGGUUUCCGAAGGCAUCCGGCAGCAAGAGUCCCAUUCCGAUCUGGUCUAUGAAAGCGAGCAGUGCCAAAGGCAUAUAGGUUUGCUCAAGGAGGAAAUAGCAAAACUGCAGCAAGAACAGGAUCAUGCGGAUGUAUCCGACCUCGUCCAGAAACUUGCAAAACUCAAGGAGGAAAUAGCAAAACUGCAGCAAGAACAGGAUCACGCAGAUGUAUCCGAUCUCGUUCAGGAAAUUGCAAUACUCAAGAAAGGAAAGGAUCAGUCUGAUUGGGCGCUGCAUGAAGCAAACGAACUGAUAGCAGGGUUGGCGCUGGAACGAGACGAGAGACAACGACAGCUUUCGGACAUGGACAAAUUAGCACAGGCGCUUCCGCCAGCUGUGCGGCAAGCAGCGGCUUGGAUUCGCGAUGAGUUGCCCCUUCUGCUGGAAAGGCAGGAGUUGUUGGAACCAGCUCUGGCAAGCAUCCCAAUCUUGGCGUUGCGGCAAACGCACAAGUUUAUGAAUGCUUCCCUUGCAUUCGGGGACAACCAUGACAACUCCCAAGAAAGCAUCUUCAAGCUUUUUGACAAUCUGUUUCGAGGGCGUGUCGAGCCUGGCGACAUGGAGCCGCUUGAAGUCAAGCUUCCGCAACAUGCACAGGAGGAGCGCGGCAUUCGCUCACGGAACAAUCGCAGGCUGUUGGCUCUGCGAGCAUUCCAAAGCACGCAGCUGGACGAGUGCAUUAUGGUGCCAUGUCGGGUACACUCGCACCAAGAGUACAUGGCCAACCACAAAUUCCGUGACUGGUUCGACAAGGGCGACGAUGGUGGCUCAGGAUGGUCGAUAUUGAACAGGGAAGGUAGGUCAAAGCACCGAGGCGUUCCCAUUUUCAAUAAUGCAGCUGCUGCUCAGAGAGGCUUGCACAACUUGUAUGAGCGCCUGCACCACAGGGAGGCUUCCGAUUCUGAGCGUGUUCGUUCUCUAGGCUCGUUAUCGCAGGGCCUGAGGAGACGACCAGUAUCACAAGGUGACUCGGAUGAGGAAACUCUCACUCUAGAUCAUGGAGGCACACAGGCGCCUUUCGAACCCUUUCGAAGACAGAGCUCCGACCGUGGACGCACACCUGGGGUGGGCAGGACCCCUCGUGCACCACGGCGUCGGCUAAGCGAGCCUCCGAGUGAGACUCGGCCGCGGAGUAGGGUUGAGCAGAGCGAGAGGAAUUCUGCUUCUGUUUCCGCUCAUCACGAUGCUCAAACUGGAGGGGCUGAGAGGCGUUCAGAAUGGCAGCAUGCAUGGAAUGAUUCCAGGGCUUCCAACGAUGGGUACGAAGCCAGGGCUGGGGACUUUCGCACUUCGUGGGAGCACGCUUGGACAUGGGUCAGCUCAUCAGCGUGGUCUACCUGGGCUGGACAGCAGGCCGCUCAAGCAAGCAGACAUGUUUGGGAUCGUCCAAGUCCCCCAGAUCCUUCAGAUGCUUGGACCUGGAGGGGAGGUGUUUGGGAGCACCCAGGUCCCCGAGAUCCUUGGAGCAGAGAUGUUUGGGACCGCCCAGGUCCCCCUUCAGAUCCUUGGUGUAAUUUGGACUCAUAG